CAACAGAUUUACGAGAAAGAAGUGAAAGGUUAUAUUCUGACCUUAGAGGGCGCGUCAGCUACUACUAAAGUGCAGUCACCAAAAGAUCAGAAACAAAGUUGUAAGUAUUUUACCAAUAUUUAAAAAAAAAAAAAUGCAUGUUUAGUUGGUUUGACGUAUAAUAUAUAACCUUGUCCAUUAAUUAGAAUGUCCGUAUUCAAGUAAUUUAAAGCUAACUAUAAUUAUGAGCAAAACUUUCACACCCAACAGCCAAAUUCGUUUCUUGUGGAAAAAAAUAAAAUUACAUUUUGUUUCUAAACUUUCUGCAGUGACCCUCAUACAACGCUACCUGGUGUUACAGAUUUAUCUUUUGAAAGGCGCAGACUUCUCCAUGGAAUUAGGGUGAGUAUAUGCACAGAAAUGGGCCAUUCUUUUAACUCAUCACCUCUUUUCAGUUUUGCUUAAAAAAUAAAAUUCAUUUAGAACACCGUAAAAAGACCAGACAUAGUACUGAUUAAAGUCAUUAUUUUUUUUAUGCAUGAGGGUUAUUUUACUUUUAAAUUUUAGUUCUAGAUUGAUAACUUUUUGCUAUUUUUCAAUUAGUAGAGGAGAUCUAUUUUGUUAAAUUUCUUUGCCAACAAGCCAUGUACUUAACACAGUUACUGUUUAAAUGAUCACUCCAGUUUGUGAGGACAAUACUAUUUCCUGUGUCAUUGGUUGCAAGAGGAAAGGAAACAGUUUUGAUUCUUGUUAAGAUUUAACAAAUAAAAUAAAGAACUAAGCAAGCCGGGGUUUAGAUGAUCCAUUGAUAUUGUGCACUAAAUAAAUAAUUUGAGAACUGGUGGUAUGGUCAUUUUAUGAAGUGAACUUCACCAAAGUAAAUUAUUACUUCAGAGUCACUGACCUUGGGAACAACAAGAGGAGAAUACUUUUAUCCACAUCACAGAAAGAGAUACAAGUAACCCCACUUCAUGCCAAAGUACCAAUGACUAUUGUCAAGAGAGCUGUGGUAAGUCUGUUCUACUUUUGAAAAAUAAUAGUCUCUCUAAUUUAGAAUCAACAAAAUAAAUCCUUGUCCAACCAUCUGUAAUGUAGAACUAACAUAAUCUUUUUCCACAUUGUUUGACUUAUUUUUAUUUUGUCUCUGCUUCCGGUAACAAAAAGGGAAUCUCUAAAGUUUUUUUUACUGUGAGCUGAUACUUGUUAUACUUCUUCUUGUCUUGUUUUCUGAUGAAGGCUCUUAGCCGAAACAUCAAAAUCUUUUGUCUAUGAAUUCAAGUUUAGCAUAACCUUUUCUUCUAUUUUCUUUAUUUAGCAUGCAUUGGUAAUGGAGAAAUCUCCAUAUUUGAAAAAACGACAAAUAAAUAUUAAACAAUUGACACAAGAAAAUGUCACUUCAUUUUGAUUUCUAGUUUCAUUUACCUGCAAAGGUCCAGCAGUUGAAAAAAAAUAUUUUUACCAUUUAAUGCCUUAGGCUUUGCACUGUGCAUCAAACUAACUUAGGCUAAUCCCAUGUACACUAUUGCAAUGAAUACCAGGGCUAUAGAGUUUGAAGCCAAAGUAUCUCUGAGUAUGGCUGUUCACAAAAUCUAGACCCAAGACUCUGGCUUCAAGGCAAAAGUUGUUUUCUGGAUGCAAAUAGAUUUUAGAAUGUAGCCACAAAAUAUUAUUAUUUUAUCUACUUUGCACAUUAAUUGAAAAUACUAUUGUAAAUGUGAGAGUGAGCACCAUAGUCAAACAUUUAAAGGUGCUAAAUUAUAUCAUUCUAUACAUUGAGAUGUUUUAAAGCUCAUUUAAAGCUCUUAAUUCAACUCAAAGUCCUCAUCAAGCAUAACUCAAAGUCCUCAUCAAGCAUAACUCAAAUGCCUUUAUUUUCUUUUUAACUCAGUGGCUCAACCUGGCCAUUGAUAUGGUGUCUCUUGUGGGUGAGAUGUGGGUCGGCCAGACUUUUCGAUCAGUGGAUCAGAUCUCAAUAUCAGCCAACUGUAAGCUAAAACGAGUGUUCACCAUGAAAUCCCAGCCACCUGAUACCACUGAAGAUGAAGGUAAUUUCACUCAAAUAUAUUUGACUCCAUAAUGACUUGAAUCACUCAAAAAGAAUGUGAAAUAUUGAAAACCUCUUCAGAAACUCAAUAUUUUACCAUUAAAAUGUAAUUGUUGUUCAAGAAUGUGAAAUAUUGAAAACCUCUUCAGAAACUCAAUAUUUUACCAUUAAAAUGUAAUUGUUGUUCAAGAAUGUGAAAUAUUGAAAACCUCUUCAGAAACUCAAUAUUUUACCAUUAAAAUGUAUUGUUGUUCAAGAAUGUGAAAUAUUGAAAACCUCUUCAGAAACUCAAUAUUUUACCAUUAAAAUGUAUUGUUGUUCAAGAAUGUGAAAUAUUGAAAACCUCUUCAGAAACUCAAUAUUUUACCAUUAAAAUGUAUUGUUGUUCAAGAAUGUGAAAUAUUGAAAACCUCUUCAGAAACUCAAUAUUUUACCAUUAAAAUGUAUUGUUGUUCAAGAAUAUGCUAAUAAAACUUGUUACCCAUCACUUGUGUAAAAAAAAAUUACAUAAAAAAAAAGCAUUAUCGGUGGAUCAGAAUUUUUAAGAAGAAAUUACAAGGAUUCACUCAUAGCUUUGUGGCUGAGGCCUUGAAGAAUAUUAUAAGAAACUUGAAGUAAUAAUAAAUAAGUGACAUAAUAAUAAAUUUAGAAAAGCUUGUAAUUUUGUGUGUUAAAUGAAAUAAAAGAAUAUGACCAUUGCAACUGUUAACAAGAAUUAACCGUGGGGGAUACCCUUGUGUAAUUUCAGAGCUGGAGGGUUUUUUAACAGUCACUUCUGGAGAGAUUGAUAACAUACCUAAACAGUGUCAGAUGGCAAGUGAUGUCAUUCAGAUAACUCAGGUAUCCAGCAUACUCAUUAUUGUUUAAAUACUCAAAUAUUUAUCUACAAAUAUACAAAUCUUCACCAUUGUAAAAAUUAUUUUUGUUAAUUAGUAAAAAAAAAUGUUUCCUUUUAUUACAUGGUAAAAAAUACACACUUUACAAAAUUUUGCUUUUCAUACAAUUUACUUUGUUAAGUAACUAGCUUUGAGAUGAUUUCAUAUUCAAGUCCUGAACAAAAUAAUUUCUUGCAACUAUUUAUUUAGGUUCUUACACUUAGCAAGAUCAAAGCUGCAGAUAGGAUAAGGUCAGGCAAGGGGCUAGGGCUUGCUGAUCAGUUCAGACCUGGUUCUAUGCUUGACCUUGACCUCAAUGCCAGCGGGAGGAAAGUUCAAACAUCAGAUGGAAAAAUCGCCUUUGGUUCCAAAGCUCCUAGGGCUCCAGACACCGGCAGGAAGACAGGGAGACAGGUAUCAAUUGUUUGACCUGAUCAUUUGGCUAAGAGUGGUCCAAUGGGCUACGUUCAAAUUUUUGUAAAACAGAGUAGCGUGCUCAUGGCUGCCACUUACUUUAACCAAGUUGGGUUGGUUCCAAAAUCAAUAAUUUCUUUUCUCUCAAUUCACGGUGAUGUCAUCCAAUCCAUGUUUACUUAGCCAAACCAUGACAACCACAAAUGAUUUGAAAGCGGAAAUGAUAUUCACCAACCUAUUAUGCUCUUGUCUCUCAGAAAAUAAAUAUAGUUUUCCUCUGUGAACGUAUCCCAUAGUGCUUAAUCAUAACUAUGUAUGUUGGGGCACUUUGCUAUCUCUGCCUUUGCCUUACUAGGUUAAUCCUUCUUCUCAGAGGAUUAAAAAAAAAAGCUAUUCUAUUUUUUUUUUGUAUUUACAAGCAAUUAGUUAGUUCUUAAAAAAAUAAGUUCUUAAAAAAAUUAGUUCUUAAAAAAAUUAGUUCUUAAAAAAAUUAGUUCUUAAAAAAAUUAGUUCUUAAAAAAAUUAGUUCUUAAAAAAAUUAGUUCUUAAAAAAAAUUAGUUCUUAAAAAAAUUAGUUCUUAAAAAUUUUAGGGGUGGAUGUUUAAUGUGUGCUGGCCAAUAGACAUUAUUGUAAACAUAUUUAAUGUAGGAUUGUCUUGUGCCAGUGUUGGUCAUAAAUAUAUCUUUCUUUAAAUUGCAUUUUUAGGGCAGUGUAACAAACAGAAGUUUCAAGUCUCAGAAUUCAAGAACUGAAAGUAAGCCAGCGGUGCUUAUUUUUAUGAAAACCAUCAGUAGUAGAAUUUAAGCCAGUGGUGCUUAUUUUUAUGAAAACCAUCAGUAGUAGAAUUUAUAUUAUCAACCAAAAAAAAUAAAUAAAAAUGGUCAGUUAUCAUUUUAGAUUUUUUGUUUUUGACAUAUAAAAUGUUAUAACUGAAUGCACAAAACACAAAAGCAAACCAACUUUAUUUCUUAAGCACAAAUCAAAAGAAGUUAAUUUCUUUCCAGGUCAGCAGCCGAAUCAAGACAGUUUUAACGGCCAUGAUAUGGGAGACCACUUUGAAAGACCCCAGCAUCCUGGCAGCGCUGGCUCAACUUCUUCUGCUUCGUACAGCCAUCAAAUGUCAGACGUGAUGGGCCAAGAAGACUACAUCGCCAACGGUGAGCAGCGGAACCCUUCAAAUUAACAGUUAUACUUUUAGGCACACCUCAUGUUGUGAAAAAUUUUAAUUAAAAAUGAUAACGCUUGUAGUAUUUUUGGGGAAAGGUUUAGAAUAUUGUGUCAAGGUGAUGCAUUAGAAGACCAAGGGAUAAAAUUAACUUGUACUUGUAUAAUGGAAAAAACAAAAUGCUUACAGUGAUAGCAAAUAGUAGUAGUGCAGAGAUAGCAAAUAGUUGUUUUGCCAGAUUAAACUUACGCAAGGAGAGAUUCAGAGAUUCUCAUCUCUUUCAGUUUUAAUGGGGUGUUGUCAUUGCAUUCAGGUUUGAAAGAGAAGCAGCUGGUUGCCCCACACCCUCCCAGGGAACCAUCAAGUGAUCGAGUCCGCAGGAAACCUAGAAUUAAACCGCUAGGACAGAAUGGUGUAUCGAACAGAGGUAAAACAGUCUUGUUAUUUCAUAAUGAUGUGAAUGGUCUUAUUGGUGAGAAAUAAAUAUUGUUUGAACUUAUGUAGUUUUGCUGAAAGCUUAUUUUGGUGUCUUUUAAAUUCAAACAAUUAUUUGUUCUCAUAUUUAGAACCCUAAAUCCCCUAUCUAUCAUAGAAUUUUUUUUGCUAUUCCUCAGAACUAAUUUUCCAACUUUCUUUAUUUAUUAGCUGGAGAUUCUAAUUUCGUGUCACCUCCAACAUCAGCUACCCAGUCUGGACAGAUGGGCUCCAGGGCACAGGUUGGGCACCAGUCUGUUCUUAGUCCCAACGCAGCUCGCAUAAGAGAAAGGUUAGGGGAAGUCCGGGAAGUCAAGGUAUCUAGAAGCCUCAUGAGGGACUCGGGGGUUGGACCAGAUGUACCUGAGAUCCAAUCCCCAAGGAAAGGUAAGAUCAGAAAUUUGUAUGUCUAAACUGAUGAACUUUUUCUCUUGAUUUCUCUUCCGUGUGAUCCAGCUGGGGUAGAGACCGGAUGUGAGAAAUCAAUACAGCUGAAGUCUAAGUAUUCUUCAUAUGGCAUCAUAUUGAUUUCUUUCACUAGAACAGGGGUGGUCAAACUAUGGUGAUCCGUGCCUCUGUUUUAAAUGGCUUGCGCUCCUUAAAAAAAUAAACAUGAUCAUAAAAACAGAAAUCAAAAUAAAAGCAUAAUUAAAAUUUUCAAUGGCAGACGACACCACUUAAAUGAGUUGUAUUGCUUCUCUGGUGAAAUAAUAAAUUCCCUAUGAUUUGGUCUCCCUCCCCCCCCCCCCUCCCUAUUUUUCUCUCACCAUUUAUGGCUCCCAUGCCUCUGUUACCUCUUGAAUCUGGCACACAGAUUCAAAAGUUUUCAUAUAAAGUGAAUGGAAGAAAACCCACCAAUGUAGGCAAACUUGUCAAAUAAAAAGUUUAAUUAUUGUAACUCCAUUUUGACUUUUCUAAUGAUAAGAGCAGUUCGGAUGGAUAGUAAAGCCCUACAAAAGUUUUCAAAUUUCAAAUAAAUCAGCUAAGAGCUUGCAUGAUCUUAAUAUUUUUGUUUUUUUUAUAAUGAGAAAAUGCCAUUUCAUUAAUAAUUAAUGUAUUUUUUUUAAUGGCAAAAUCAUAAAAUAAGUUAUGUCACAUAGAACUAUUUAACAAGGGGGCUAACCACAAUGUUAUUAUUUUAAAUAAAAUGAAAUAGAAUUUCAUUGGAAAUGUUUGUUUAAAAUGUUUAAAUUCACUAUAGAACAGCUGUUCUCAACCUGCCGUUCUCAGCAUGUUGGUCAAACAACAUUUACACACUGGUUGCCUAAGAUGAUCGGAGAACACAUAUUAAUGAAGUAGCAAUGAAAAUAAUUUGAUGGUUAGGGGUCAAACAACAUGAUGAACUGUAUCACAGCAUUAGGAAGGUUGAGAACCACUGCUAUAGAAUGUUCCUAUUUAUCAGGAUUCUGCUCUAACUCAUUAGUAAUGUGUUAGUGAUUCUUUAAUAAAGUUUUGAAAUGAAUUUGUGUCUUUGCAGGAGACAUUUCAUCUGAGGGUGUCAAUCCUUUUGAUUCGGUGGCAGAUGUGAUUUUCUUACUUCGGGGAGAGGAGGGGAGAUCAGAAGAAUUGGAAGAAGGGGAAAACAGGAUCAGUGAUAACAACAAUAGCAACAAUAGUAACAACAGAUAUGGAUCAAGGAGGAAUGAAGAGAUGGAAACAUUCCAAGAGGACAGAUUCAAGGAGGGAGACAGAGCUCAGAGGAGAAAAGAUGCUGAGAGCAAUAUUAAACAAAGUCUUGAGGAUGAUGAGAGCAAUAGGUCAACUUCUGCCAGUGAGAGCUCACAUCCCGGAGAGUAUGAAGAGAGUGAUGAGUAGGUUUUUCGCUAGGUUUCAGAUGUUGUGUGUUGAUGCAUGCUCGGCGUGUCAAUAGUUGCAGAUAAAAAAUGUUUUAAAACUUACAAAAGAUUUUGUUCUUAAAAUGUCGUCCAUAAAUUAAAUUAAUGCUUAUGCCCAUACUCAUUAGAAUUUACAGGAAGUUUGAAAGUUGUUGAAAUCUUUUUAUGUAACUUAACAACAAGGUUGGGAUCAAGCUCAAUGGAAAAUGGACAAAAAGUUAUUUUCCCUUACGUUGACUUGAGCAUUUUUUUUCAUGAGAUAAUUGGUAUCUGAAGUUGUAAGUCUCCAUAUCGAACAUUGUAUUAAAACAAGCAAGUUUGGCACAACAGAAAGAUCCUAUAUGGUUGAAUGUUAUGACUUAAGAAAACCAGAGCUUGACUUUGAUUAGAUCUAGACUAAGACACACCUCAUCUGUCAUGCAGUUUUGAAUCUUUCUAUGGCUGUGCAUUAAACCAGUUUUACAAAGUCUAUUAAACUAGAAGAAGACUCACAAAAAAAUAAAAAAAUAAAAUAUGACAUCAUGUUUUGUGACCUAAAUUUUAAUGCUGUUUUAUUAAAAAUAUAAAAAAUCCUACAAUUGAAAUGUUUCCCAUUAAGGGCUAAAAUAAAAGGACAAAGUUUAACAAAAGGUCAAAGUUUAACAAAAGGUCAAAGUUUGAGUCAAGUCAGUUUUUGAAGAUUAAGAAAAUUUUCUUGUUUUUUUUAAUUCACUCACUAUAAAAAUAUUUGCUCUUCUUGUGUUUUUUUCUUAACGGCUACACAUCUGUAUUCUAUUCCAUCUAAAAGCCAUUUUAAAGCAAGGAAAUAUUUCUUUUAGAGAUUUGAAAUGAGCUACCUGGGAUGUAAUGAUUUGAAAUGAGCUACCUAGGAUGUAAUGAUUUGAAAUGAACUACCUAGGAUGUAAUGAUUUGAAAUGAGCUACCUAGGAUGUAAUGAUUUGAAAUGAGCUACCUGGGAUGAAUGAAAAGUACAAUUUUGUUUCAGAGAAACUUCCGGAGACAACAAGCUUCAUCUUUUUGUGUCACCUCCCAAAUCUGCCAGCUUACGGAGAAACAUAUCACCCAGCGCUCUUGACCCUGAGACCAGUCAAGUAAGUUGGGGAAUAAUUUUUGAACAAUUUAAUGAUGAAAUCUGGCCAUGCACUCAGCUUCCACAGAAGCAGCUGAUAGACAGCUUUGUAGUUCCCUUGGCCACUGCAUCAAGCGCCCGUCUUUGAUGUCAUCAAGCACAGUGAACUUUCUAAUUGUGACAUUGCACAUACUAAUUGUGACAGUGCACAUACUAAUUAUGACAGUGAACAUACUCAUUGUGACUGUGCACAUGCUAAUUGUGACUGUAAACAUACUAAUUGUGACAGUGAACAUACUAAUUGUGACGGUUUUAAUGAUGACAAAGCUGAUACAAUCCUUGACACCAAAGCUGACACAAUCCUUGACACCAUAGGUAAUAAAAUUAAAGCAGUUUAUAUGUGAUAAAUAUAGUAUUAUUUUAUAUCUGAUAAACGUAGUAUUUAUUUUGAAAGCUUUGAUCAUGUACAUCAAAGUUGUUUUUAAAUGUGUGUUUACAAUGCCCUCGUGGUGAUUGCUUCCUCCCCUUGCUGAUGUACAUUGUACAUUGCUGGGUAACAAAAUAUAAAAGGUUUUCCAGAUAACAAUUGUCCAGAUAUUAAGGAGUUUCUACUGUAUUAUGCUUUUUUUUUUUUUAAAUGGAGGAAAAAAAUUAUAUUAACCCUUAAAAAGUCAAAAACAAAUUUCUAUAGUGUCAAGACAUUUUUAACAUUUUCGUAUGCUUGACAAUAUCCCAGACUAAAUGAAUUGAAAGACCCUUACAAUUAUAAAUUUUCUGAAAGAGCAUUGGACAAGGUAUCUUAUGGUAUGAAAAUGAUUUGUUUUUUUUAUUAUGCAUGUAAGUACUGACCUUGACCUUUACAGAGAGAGUAAAAUUUUAUUACUCAACUUCUGAAUUUAACCCAUCCUAAAUACUCCAUAAAUUGUUCGAAGUGUCAUAAAAUAUAGUUUUUGAUACACCAGAAGCAAUAUUCUUUCAGAAAAGGACAAUUUAUAGUUACUUAUAUGGAAAAUUGUGAUAUUGGUGAAUUUUUUCAUUCACUACCCUCAAAUUUCUGUCGUACAAAAUACAAAGGGGAAGGCUCAAAAUAAUUUCAAAAAUUCCUUUUCAUUUGAAGUUAUUAAAUCCAUUUUUUAGUAAUUAAUACUCCAGAACAUGUACAAACAUAAAUAUCUUUGGGGUAGAUCUUUUGGAAUCAAAUCUGUGUCUUUUUCUGUUUGAUUUCCACCCUCUCCCAAAGGAAUGUGUCUGUAACAACACAACUAAGCUAAGGGAUAAAAUUGUCAGUCUCUGACUCUUAUCUCGACCACUAGAGCCUAUGCCAUCAUUACCAGCACGUGGAAUAUCUCUGAUAUCUUUGAUUUCAUUUUAAUGUAUGUUAAAUAAUUCCAAUAAAGAAAUUCUGUGUUGAUUUCGAUAUCCCAAAGGGGGGCCCUCUCCAGCAUCAGACAUUACGGUGAAAAAAUUUGAGAAAUUUUCACACCAGAUUUAUCACAAAAAAUUCCCAAAUAACAGCACGCAAACACACUGACAGUAAAGGAAAUAUGAAGCAAACUCAUUUAUAUUGAGUAUUUCCCCUUAAACAAUACAUUAAAUCAAUUCACAUUUUUAAUGAUGAUUUUGCUAAUGGCAAAUUAUUUUGGCAGCAACACCACAGAAAGGGUUAUUCGGCUGUUAUGUUAAAAUACCAAAACAUACGAGUAUGUUGUUCCAUUUUUCCCAGCCAUGUUUUACAACAACAAUAUAAAAUAUUUGUCUUCACAGUCGAAAAAGAGUAUUUCCAAAAGCCUGCGGUCAAACGGUAAAAAAAGCACGGAUACAAACUCGUACAGAGGGGCUCGGCUAGAGGAUGAUUUUGUCAGUCACAGCAGCAGUGAAGAUGACCCUCUGGUAGGUGCGGACAUGCUGCAUCAUCCAAUGAGAAUGCGACGGGUGCCGGGGAGUGCUGGCAGUGCUACGUCACAGAGCAUUCGUCACAAUGGCUACGAUAGCAACAAUUAUGUAACGUUGGCAUCUAACCCCAAACCCAGAGCUCAUUCUGGAGGGAUCAGGUCAAGGCCCAUGCCCAAAAAUUCCGCCAGCCCUGACCAGAAGCCCAUCUUUGACCCAAAGGCUUACUCUGAAAAGCGAGACAGGGACAGCGUGACGAGGAUGAGUAAGAAGUCGCUAAGGGAGAUCACUAACCCAAAGAAUGAAGGGAAUGAGGUCACAUCGUCUACGUCAGAGGUACGGUCUCAACUUUCUAUUAAACAAUAUUCGGAUUUAAAACUUUUGUGCCUGUACCUGGAGUCAACUCUUUGAAAUAUUCCUACGCUAGAGGGGUAAACAGAUAUGAUUAAUAUAUUAUUAUUGUUGGUUCAUUCGACACUUUGUCUAGGGAGGGGUGUAGGAAGUCAAAUUUGUUUUUUCUCAUGCCAAUUUGGCUGGAGUCUUCAGCCUUGUUGCUUGAUCUUGUUUCUUACUCAAGAAAAUCUGCCAUGCUGGUCUGUUGAAUCUAUUUUACUUAUCAGUGUUCCCACAGAUUUUUUUUUUUGGGGGGGGAUCUCAUGUGCAUUAAAAUCUUGUGCUUCUUGAUUACCAGGCAUUCAAGCUACCAUCAUCACCCAGGGCCAACUCAUGUAAAUUUAUUUUGCAUAGGAACAGAAAAUGAUUUCUCAGGGUCAUUAAUUAAUGCACAUUACAAAUACUUUUUACUUUCCAUACCUCUUCUUUAUGCUUAUUACGUUUUAAUAAAAUGGUAUUAAAAACAAAAAUGAACAAUAUAGAAAGUUAAUUUGCCAGGGGACCUUGGCAUAAUAUAACAAGAUUUAUUAUUAGCAGUGGCAAUAUAUCUGAUUCACAAGCUGAUUCACAUGUUUGUAAAGUUUUGCAAUUUUAUUUGUUUAAAUGCCAGAAGCCCUAUGAAGCUACCAAGUACAUGUUGGCAGAGGUGACCGAGUCGUUUGAGACCCGCAUGUAUGAGAGCAUGAGGAGGCAAGGGGAGGAGGUGCUGCAGAGAGUGUCCCCCACACCCAACUAUGGCUUGGUGCCGCAGACACUGCGCAACUCUCAGCUUUACCAGACCCCAUCAGAACAGGGGCAGACGACCCAUCAGUACAGCGAGUCCCCCGCGACCACCAGUGAUGAUGACACCAGCUUCAGUACAUGGAAAGCACCCGUAAGCGAUGUGUGACUUAAAGGGUUAACCAAACUAAAUAUAUGAAAUUUGAUUAUUUUUACGUGAUGUACCACUUGUCCGCCUUUUCCAUCCCACAAACCAUCUGGAUCUGCUGAAUAUAAAAUAAAACAUUUCUAAUAUUAAUGUUAAUCAUUGCAAUUAAUAAGUUAUUCGCAAUCAUGUAAAACAAUUCAAAUUUGAUUGCGAAUAAUUUACAUAAAUUAUUAAAUGUCUGCAACAUGUGUUAGUUAGUUAAAGAGCUAUUGAAGAUGUCCUUUGUUAAAAACUAUAAAAUUGACAACUAAAAAAUCAAAGGAAAGGCUUUAUAUACAUUUCGGGAUGUAAAUGUCUUUGGGUAGUGUCAUGGCUUCUAAAUGUAAAACAGUGACUCUAGUAUGUUAUUAUAUUUAUUAUUAUGGUUGUGUUUAGUCUCAAUGAAAGAAACACAGUUAGCUUAAAGAACGGUUUCAGAUGUCUUGAUAAUAUUGCUGGCUGCUUUGUGUUACUGGUAGCAUUGAAUCUACUAGAUGAACUGAAUGACAGUAUGUUUGUCACAGGCUUUGAACCAGGCGCCUCACAACUACCAAGAUGAGAUGAAAUCAAGGAGGAGCAGCGACACUCUGACAUCCUCAAACCCUCGGUCAGUACAAUUUAUAGGAUUUUGUUUUUCUUUCUUGUUCCAGAAUUUUCUAGCGUCUGUAACUUGUAAGUUUCAGGUUUUUGUGUAGUGCUGUGUGAUGUGCCAGGAUUACAACUUUAUUCCUACUUCAGAAAGUAGUUCCAACAAGGUGUAGGACUAAAGGGGAAAGUUUGUCACACUGUUGGAGUGAAGUUUUUUUAUCCAGGGUUAUUGCUGCACUCCUUUGAUGUCUGGGCAGGCUGCCGAGUCCAUUCCGCAUGGCCAUCAGCCCACAGUCUGAACAUGUUGUCCAGACUGGAUCAUAAUAAUAUGUGAUGUUUUAUGUUUAAAGACUUCAAAUUGAGUGUAUGUCUUUUAAAAUAAAAACGAAUGCAUAAAUUUCAGCUAAGUGCAAAAAUGUUACUGUACAGAUGUCACCUUUUGUGGUAUGCAAAGUGGUGCAGGUGGUGCUUCUCUUUUGAAUGAUACAGUUUUACAUCACCAACAAUUUGGGAAUAUUUUUUUUUAAUAGAAAAAAAGGUUGGGGGUCAAAAGUGUCAUCAUUUUUUAAAAUGUUAAGACAUCAUUUGUAUAACCCUCUUCAGGGUAAACAAUAGUUUUUUUUAAAUAUUGUCAGUACGGGUGCAUCAAGUAAUUUUUAAAAGUUGUAUGCUAUAUAUACUCGGGUAUAGGUCGCACUAGUGGUCAGGUCGCACCAAGGGUUAGGUCGCAUUCUUAGUUUGGGGUUGUCAUAGUGGUAUAUUUGUUGAACUGCAGAUAAGUCACACCCUUUGUAUUGGGCGUAGACGUGUCCUUUUUUUUAAUAAAUAUAAUUAACAUAACAGAUGUCACAAAUUGUUUCCAUGGCAACUUGAGCAUUAAAAAGCAAUCUUCAUAAACUACAUGAUCUUUUUGAUUAUAAUCAAAAUAAAAAAAUGGAUUGCCCUAUGCUCGAGCGGGGGAAAUUCAUUUUAUCUUUAAGCCUCGCUUUUGCUUGAGAUUUUGGUAGACUACAUGUUUUUCUGCAUCUGCUUCAGAUUCCUGUGAUGUUUUCAUUGGAUAGGUCAAAUAGUUUAAAUAGUGGGACCCAUAGGCGUAUAUGUAUUUUACAUCUAAUUAAUACUGAGAGCUUAUUUUUUGGCUUAAUUUGGUUGUGGGUAGUAAAUAUAGACAAGGGCAGAAUCCUCAAAAGGUAAGGUAGCUCACAUAUACUUAAAAGGAAGAGCUUUUCUAUCUAGGGCACAUGUGUCAAACUCAAGACCCGCAGGCAAUAUACGAACAAUUAUAUCAGGCCCGCGAGGUCUUGACCGGCGUACAUUUAUAUCCAAGUUCACGCUAUGGUGUUUCCUAAUGCUCACUUUGCUGAAAAACUUAGCUUACUUCAUGCCGAGUUCACACAGCGCUUUAGUGACUUUGAAGUACAGAAAUGUAAUUUCGAGUUGUUUUGUAAUCCAUUUGUCACAGGCGUGGAAGCUGCACCUGUAAAUUUGCAGAUGGCGCUAAUAGAGCUUCAUUGUAAUGGGACACAAAAGGCAAAGUAUGACACAUUUGGGCCUGCACAGUUCACUCAUUUCAUUACUGAAGUGAUGCCCUAGCUUUGACUACAUGCGGCUCGAACCUUGAACAUGUUGAGUAGCACAUAAAUGUGUGAGCCGCUAUUUUCUGUGAUAAAGACUUGCAGUCCAUCAUGAGAAUCUCAAUGACACAGAACUUUAAUCCCAACAUAAAUGAACUUACUUGUUCUUGUAGCUAAGAAAAUGUGCCAAACAUCAAGCUCUGACUAAUUGGCACAGAGCGAAAAUGGAAAUGCAGUGAUUUUAAAUUAUUAAAACUUUUUUUCUGUUUUCAUUUAUAUAAGUUUUUACAAAAAAUAUUAAUUUUCCGCUUAUUGAAUGUUUAUCCUGUUCGGCUUGCAAAUUUACAUGUGAUUUGAGUUUUGGCCUGCCAAGCGAUUAAAUUUGACACCCCUGAUUUAAGGCUUCCUCCCCAAUGCUUUUUAUUUUCUACUGCUCCUGUAUAUGUUGACAUGCAUUGCUGACACAUCACGGUUUCUCCAGGGACUGGAGUGGUGUGAUGAGCCCCCCUAUAGGACCACUGUCCCAUGUACAAGAUUUGCAGGGAACAAUGGAAGGUAUAUCUGAUGACUUGUCUGAUGAUGCCCACCACGGUGAGUGCAUAAUGUGUUUGAGUGUGGUCAGUGUCAUCUGUUUACUGGAGAAAACCUUUUAUCACUGAGCUAUCGGGUGAAUUACAUAAUUACAUAAGUCAUAUCUUUGAGCUAUCAUUGGAAUGACAGAAGUCAUAUGUUUGAACUAUCGGUGGAAUUACAGAUGUCAUAUCUUUGAGCUAUCAGUGGAAUUACAGAUGUCAUAUCUUUGAGCUCUCAGUAUAAUUACAUUAUUAUAGAAGUCAAAUUUUUUUUUAGCUAUCUCUUUAAUUACAUUAUUAUAGUAGUCAUUUAUGCAAACCUAUCCAUCUAUUUAUUUUGUUCAUUUAGAUUUGCUUUUCAAUAUGUUUUUGUGAAGUUAUCUAUAAUUUGACCCUUUUAAGAUAUGUCUGCCAGAAUACUGCCAUCAAUUUCUCACAUGAUCUGUAUGCCUCCCAUGCAUCUUGCAUUUGUUAAAUAUAUCACCAGUAAAAUUUAUUUCCACUUCUUCCCAAAACUUGACACAGCUCAUGGUAAGAAAAGUGCAGAGGAUGAUGACAAAUUGGAUGUGUACUUUGACCCCAAACUCAACUGCUAUUAUGAUCCCAAGUCCAACAAGUAUUAUGAGCUGGUCUCUUGAUCUCACCACAACUCAAUACAAGACUGCUGAUGACUGCCGUAAAAGCUCAAGAGACAAGCAGCUGGUAGACCCAGGAUGUCCAUAUGUCACACAGAGUCCCCAGCUACCCAUAAAACUGCAUUUACACCACUGCCAGCCAAUGUAAGGACCACGACAGCAGCAUUGACAUUUUGUGCUCAGACCUGGGGUUAUCUGGAG